AUGUCUAAACAAAAGCCAAGAUUGUGUAUUGUGGGGGUAGGACCUAGCGGUAUAUCGGCAUUGUAUCAAAUCAAACUUCGUGCAGCAAACGAGAUUGAUGUUGAAUGUUAUGAGAAGCAGAAAACGUGGGGUGGACAGUGGAAUUUCAAUUGGAGAACAGGAACUGAUGAAUACGGCGAACACAUUCCGGGCUCAAUGUAUCGCAACAUGUGGUCCAUUGCUCCUAAGGAAGCUGCUGAGUAUGAAGAUUACACCUUUGAGGAACAUUUUGGAAAACUCUUGCCGUCAUAUUUACCAAGGGAAUUCUUCCGACGUUAUAUUGACGAGCUAUUGCUAACAACGCGCCUGCUAGUCAUAAUCGUUAACGAUUGCUAUGCAGUACAACAUAGACAUAGACAUAAACAUAGACAUAAACAUAAACAUAGACAUAGACAUAGAAGAGGGUCGAGAAGACCAUGUCGCAUGAGAAAUGGGAAGUGUGGGGAUCUUUCUCCUUUCGUUCAUUACGAACAUGUUGUUACAAGUGUUGAAUACCAAGAGAAAUCAGACGAUUUUGUCGUGUGGGUUAGAGACCUUCCUGGAAACAAACAUUUCAAAGAAUGUUUCUCACAUGUGAUCGUCGCGACUGGUACCUUUAGUUACCCAAACAUGCCAGAUUUCCCUGGAAUAGAAACAUUUCAAGACCGGAUUCUGCAUUCUCAUGAAUUCAAGGAGGCAAAAGAAUUCAAGAAUCAGACCGUUUUAAUUAUUGGUGGCAGGUCUUCGGCCAGUGAGAUCGCUCUUCAACUGAUCAAGUACGACGCAAAACACGUAAUUUGCAGUUACAGGAACGAACCGAUGAAUCUAAUGAAUCUAAAAUGGCCAAAAGGAAUAGAAGAAAAGCCAAUAGUCGAAGAAGUCAAAGAUCACACAGUCGUCUUUAAAGACGAAACAGAGCACUACUUUGACACGUUUAUAUACUGCACGGGAUAUCGAUAUAAUUAUCCCUUCCUAAAAGGAGACCUUCAUUUCGACAUGCAAGGAAAAUCUGAUCUUUUCCCAGAUAAUAUGUACAAAGGCACUACUUGGAUAAAUGGAGGCAUAUGUUUCAUAUGA